AUGGCCGAUACCAUGGAAGACGACAGAGACCGCCUCAAGUCGGCACUCUGGUACGCCGUCGGGCAAAUCGUCGACGAGGAGUGCAUGCGCCGUAAUCGUAACGCGACGCCUCAGUUCAUCGGCGCUCUGACGGAGCUCGUCUGGACUCAAAUCGAAAACGUCGCUGUCGACCUCGAGUCCUUUGCCAACCACGCCUCCCGCAGCGUCGUCACCACAGACGACGUGCUGCUGCUGGCGCGCAAGAAUCCGGACUUGCAGCAGCUCAUGCAGGACUACAUCAACGAGCGCAAGACGCAGCGUGGCGCCGCGACUGGAGCCGCGCGCAAGACGGUGACGACGACGGGAAGCGGCAGAGGAGGGCGAGGCGGCAGCCGCGGAGGGGCCAGGGGCGGCGCAACGAGGUUAUCGGGCCGGUGA